AUGUUUUUCUGCCUAAAACGCCAUUUAUCCAUAUUCUUUUCCUCUCUCUAUCUCUCAUUCCUGCGGGUAGCCAUCAUGGAGAGCAUCUUGUACCCCGUAACGGCCGAGGAUGUCAUCGCGCUGGUUAACCUCUGGCGCCAGAUUGCCAUGCAGAGACAGUUCGAGCGUGAGGAACGCCUGAAGCGCGAACAGGUGCCUGGUGCACGACCCAGCGGCCCCAAAGAACACACCAUCUAA